AUGGGUGCGGGCGGGCCGGGCCAGUAUGGAGAAAAGAAUACGCUCCUGCAGUCUCACAUUGCUUUUGGUGUAGAGGGAAUUCAUUGGGCCGUCGAUCGUAUUGUACAUCCACGAAUGGAGACGGUGGAGCCCCAGCGCGACAGUAGUGCCAUUUGUCGCACUCCAUAUAGUCGGGACACCUGGAGGCGCACGGAAUAUAGGGAGGAGAGGGGGCGCUAUGGGCGAUUCGCCUAUGGACUGUAUACCGUAAACAAUGAUGACAGUCUGCCUCCCGGUGGUCUAGAACUCCACCCUGGCCGUCGUGUUGCGAACGAGGCCAGAAGCGGGCCUUGGCUGCUCACGAUCGACGCUCUCCACUCUGGCCCACCCCCUCGGUGUCUGGUCUCCCUCUGGGGCAUAACCAUCCAGACGGUCGGACUUUGGUCAGUCUGGGAGCCGAUCGCCAUGGUUGGAGGGAGAGCCGGUUGCCUAUUUCCGUCGGCAGCGACCGAUGACCCAAAACAGGCCAUGCUCCCGGACAGGAUCGCUUUUUGA